AUUCAUUUUCACCCGCGUACACUGUUUCCCCUCCUCUCUCUCUAGCUCUUCCUUCUCUCACAAAUUUCAUGAAAAAAUUGAAACCCUAACCCUAUUCCUUGUUCGUGAAUCGCACCACCACCAUGGAUGAGAACUCAAAAGUCGUCUAUGGUGGCAUUUUUCUGCUAAAACCAUUGCCAACGACACCGCCUGAACAAAACCCUAACCGUAAUUAUUACUCCUUGUCCUUUGUGUUGUCGUCGUUCUUCUAUAUUGCCGUAUCUAUCCUCUCUCUCUCUCUUCUUAUAUUGAGAUAUCUUCUUUUUCUCUCUUCUCCAUAAAAUUCUCCAUUUCAAAACCCUAGCGAAGAAAAGUGCUUCCAAUUUUGCUACAAUGACGGCAACUUAGGAACAGAUUGUUGAACCUGCGGAGCAAGAAGAACUGAUUACUGAACUUACGGAGCAAUAGUUGCUCUGCUAUGGCGUCGGAUGAUACUCCUACGGAAGAGAUUCACGACGCUGAAGAAGCUAGAGGAAAAGCGAAGAAGCGGAAUUAUACUCAUCCUCCUUAUAUUACUUUGAGGUGGUGGAAUGUAGGACUUGAUCUGGUAUAGUUGGCUUGGAAGAGUUAUAAUUGGGACUAUGAUAGGGGCUAAGAUGGUUAUGGACGAGCAUAGCCGAGCGGGUGCAAGGAAUGUUGUAAUAACUGGGAGCUCCUGUGCCUUUGUUUUUCACAUGGUUAUUUUCAUGAUUUUUUUUCACAUGCCACUUUGUUAUUCUUACUCUCUCAUUUUAUGGUGCAGUACUAGGGGACUUGGUAAAGCACUUGGUAGAGAAUUUCUUCUUUCUGGAGAUCGAGUGGUUGUAACGUCAUGCAGUGUUGAUUAUGUGAAUACAACUGUCAAAGAGCCUGAAGAAAAUCUAAGAGAAAUGGAAGCUAUAAAUGGUAAAAGUCUGGGAUAUGCGAAAGUGAUAGGCAUACCAAGUGAUGUUUGUGACCCUGAUGAUGUGAGGAAGUUAGCUGAUUUUUCUGUAAUUGAACUUGGCUCAGUUGACAUCUGGGUGAGUAAUGUCCUCUUACUAAUAAGCAUAAACACAAGUAUAUCACAUGUUUUGUAUCACACGUUUUGCAUGAUGUAUGCUUGUGGUCUGACAUUGUACUUUGAACAAGUUGGUUAAUGGAAAAAAAAUGACUCAUCUUGACAGCGGAUGUG